AUGGAAGAGUACGAGCACCCCUCUCCCCCAGACCGCCGAAGGGGGCAUGGCGCCACAGAACCCAAGAAUGAAGAGCGCCCAUCUCUCGAGGCUCUUUCGCUGAAUCCUGAACGCACCCAUCGUAACUGGUGGCCCAAGUACGGUCGGGUGCAAAAGUGCGACUGGUGCAACGGUCGGUCCAAAGGCACUCUCCACGUCUGCACCACUUGCUCCCUCCGCAUGUGCGAGGACUGCGCCCGGAAUCGGAUCUGGCACGCCAAUCGAACACACUUCAUCGAUGCCGAUACACUGGACUGGGUCAUGAAGAAGAUCCCGAGGGUUGCGAGGGCGACAGCCACCAAGGUAACAAAGAAACCACAAGCAAAGCGCCCGGCUUCACCUGAUCUCGUCUCAACUUCGGCCUCGCGUCAUGGCAAGAAGGCCCGUGUGGUAGAAGAGCCUCCCCAGGAGGAAGAGGGGGACAACAGCUUUGCUGAACCCCUCUCGGAGGUGGCUGUCCCGGCCCGCCAGAUAGCCGCUGAAACGCUCCUUGCUCUACACCAGGGAAUUAACCACCAGGACGGAAACAACUAUCAAGACCAGCACCAGAGGCAUACCCACAGCCACGAGCAGACCCACGAACGUGCCGUGUUUGGUCCAGACAGCCACAUCGACCCAGCUUUGUCGGAGUAUCAGAACCAGAACAAGAACGUUAGCGCCGAGUCUAGGUCCGACUUUCCGGCUGGGGGAUUCUCCUUCGUCACAGACCAGGACCGUGAGCACGACCGCAUCGUCAUGAGAAUCUACGAGGCAAUUUACGGACCUGGCGCGGUCCUGGAUCCCUACCGUAGGCGCACUCGUAUCCCCAAGGAGUGGAACGGCCGCCAGCAUAUCACCAAUAACCCAUAUGAUCAUGUGCCGGGCGGGUAUGAGUACAGCUCACGCCCCAGCGAGUCUUCGACCCAUCGCUCUGGCUUUUCUGGCCAGUAUCACCCUUCGGAGUAUCCGACCUUCCAAGACGCCCAUAACCUAGACCUCCGGCACGAACACACCAUUCCUGUGGCUAAGGAGUCUGAGAACAGCCGUUAUGACAGGCAGAUCCGGGACGACAUGUGUGAUGCCUGGGAACGCAACAGCUCAGUGUUUCAACUGGCUGCCACUCACGGUCAAAUUUACGCCCUGGAGGUUCUUUGGGAGGUCUUUGAGCUGCGCCGCCUGUACCUGCCCGAGGCUCUCCCCCAUCGCGAUAGCCUGGCCGUCUGCUGGUUCGUCGAUCGGCGCAACCGACUCAAACGUAACGAGAUGGAGCCAACCCGUCUUCCGCAGAUGUAUGAGCGGGAUCAGCACAACCAACGGCAAUACAACCAAGAGCAACUAUACAGCUCGCGGCCAGUCCGGCCCCGACCGGGAGCUUCCCACGGCUGGGAAGAGGAGGAAGAGUUGAUUCGGCAGCAUGAUCGCACCGCCGAAGACGUUCUCACCCGGACAUUUACCAACCACCACGACGCCGUAGGUUCUUCUCAUCGUGCCGCCCCGGCCGUUACCGGCAGUGAGCACAUGCCUCGAGGCAUGGGUCAACACGACCACAACGAAGCUAGCCACAGCCAUUAUCAUCCUCACCGGGAGUACGACGGCCCGCCGCGCGCGGCCCAUCCCAGACCCUUCCCUGAGUACGACCCCAACGCCACCACGAAAGCUGACAGGGACGGCCGGGUUGACAACUAA